AUGAGUGAGCGCAGUCUGCAGUCAGACAUUCAGAGCCACGAACAAACAAUUCAACAAACUACAACUAACUACAAAAAACUCCAAUAAUUCCAACAAAGUCAACUUGGGGGUUUACUAGUCAACUUCUAGUAAACUCCCAACAAACUCCAAUAACUCCCACAAACAGAGCAGUCUGUUUGGCUCGACUGUUUCCACAUUAUCUUGUUAUUCUGGUACGAUGACGUUUUCUUGACUUCUCUCUUUCAGAGGUUAAUUUUGCAGCUUCGGGAAACACUUGAGGAAACACUUGAGGACGGUGUAAAUGUGCAGAGAUGCAGCCGUGUUUCUCCUCCUCUACUUCUUAAAUUAAAGAUACUUUACAGUCAAACAGAAGAGACUCAUUCCUGGAUGAAAAUGUCUGUUUUUAUCCUCUGAUGCUUUAAUAAAAACAUUUAAUUCAGUCUAGUUUGUGCCCUAAAAUGCUGCUUUAACAGCUGAGAGUCCAUCCCUCUGGCUGCUGUUUCCUCCUGAUCCUCUCGGGGACAUGUUUAGUUUUUCUGAGAUGGAUGAGGAAGGAUGAUUCCAGUGUUUUCAGGACCUGGCAGAAUAUUUACUGAAGAGAUAAUCCAGAGAUGAACAGAGACGAGGCUGCAAUCGUAGACCCUGAAACAAACCUUCAAACCCUCUCCUUUUUCUCAGCAACUCAACUCUUAAUCUGAACGUUUAAAACUUUGAAAGGUUUAGACUUUCACACGAGUAUGAAGCACAAAAAUAAAACACACAAUCAUACAGACUUCUGUGUCCAUCUGUGCAAAGAUCAGCCAGAACAUGAAGAUAACCUGCCUGAUAUUUGGGUCUCUGAACAGAGAGUUAGUGAUUCAGCUAACUGAUACUACGAUCAAAUCAAAUCAAAUCAAAUAAAAACAAAUCAAAUCAAUUUGAUCAACUUCCACUUUUUCAUAAACAACUUUUCAACACAAAAUAAUCAUCACAUCAGACCAGAUCUGAACGUGACACACCUCCUCAGGGUUUAAUUGUAAUAAACAAUGAGACUGCCAACCCCGGUCUCCCCUAUUAUAUCUCCCAGGUAAUCAUAAUUUAUACAAUUACUGACUAAACCAAUGGUUGUUGCCUGUCUGAUAUUUUAUUAUAUGAAAGCUAUUAGGGGAACAUAUUGCAUUCACUUAAAAGAAAAAAUCACUCUGUUUUUAUCUGAAUUAAUGAGAUAAUUUCGUCAUUAAUUCAGACAAAAAUAGAGCAGAUUUUUUACAGUAGUCUUCCAAAGAUUCUGCUGUAUUAUCAAAAAAUCUUAGAGUUUAUUUUCAUCAUAAAAACUGAAUGAAUUUUAUCUCAGAAGUUUUAUCUCAGAAGUUUGUGUGUUUGUUUUAAUUAUUAUUAUUUUUUCUUACAUUUUUUUUAUUAUUUAUUUAUUCAUUAAUUUACGUUUUUAAGUUUCUAAAUGAAUUUCUGGUCAUAGACUCACCUGUUGUUUCAUAAUCAUGUCUUAUCUGCUCCUGGUUGAUUCACUUUUACUCCCAUUUCGUGUCCUUCCGCCUCACUCAGGGAACUUUAUCUCCUCUCCUCCCGCAGGCGGAUGGAUACAGGAGCCGCCAACCUGGGCGAAGCAGCUGCGAAGAGACGGACAAAAACACCAUCAACCUUUUCACAAUGUUGUUCCAUCAGAGGAUCAAACUUUGUUUCAGGUGAAGGAGAUCAGAUCCGGUUUGUUUUUGAGUAUUUGAACGUGUUUCUUUCUUAUUUUCAGGUGUGUUUUGAAGCAGGUUACGGGAACAGGUGAUGCUCUCCAUCACCUGUCGGGGUGUGUUAACCUCCCGUGGACUGAUGUCUGUUAUCAGGGCGGAAAUAACCGUGUUUUUUGGUUGUUUUGUUGUGUUUGUUUUUCAGGUUUUGACUAAUGUGAUGGAAAUCAACAGUCAAACUUCUGAGAGAGAGACCCCACCUCAGAACUGGACGAGCUGUAAACUGAUUAUCGAUCCCGCAUUAACAAAAGGACUCUACAAAGUCUACCGAUAUGAUGGACAAUAUCACAACUUACCUGUAAGAACUUUUACAUAUUCAUUUAUUAUCUGUACUGAACGGAAAAUGACCUCCUACAUGAACAUCCAGCUCACAGAGAGCAGGUUUUCCAUGACUCUGAAGGAUGUUGUUUACCUGAACAGGUGAAGGACUUGGGUCUGUUUCCUGUGGAGACAGUCAGAGAUCCUCGGAUCUGCCGCCUGUGGAGCAAAUACAACAAAACUGACCUUUGUGUUCCUAAAUUUAAGGUAAUCUGUGAUUCUUCUCUUUAUUUAUGUAAACCUUUUUAAUCUCACUCUGCAGUUACAGGCUCCAACAGAAAUAAUCCUGAUUAUAAAUCUGACUUUAUCACUUUUUUAUCAACAGGAAGAUUCACCUUUAUUUAAUACAGACACUGGAAAAUGUUGUUUUAUGGAAACUCUAUUCUUAUUUCAAAUCUAAUCUCAGCAGUAGUAUUUUUUAAAAAGUAGAUCCAGGUUCUACUUUCACCAACCCUCUGUAGACCUUAGUGGACCCAGCAGACCAGGUUCUGGAGUCAGACAGUCCCAUUCUUGAUAGAGGAUUUCAGCUGCUCAACAGUUCAGGGUCUCUUAAAGGGAUAGUCCAAUGUGAUUAAUUUAGGGUCAAACACACCGUAACACCAGUCCAUUACGGACUACAGCGGGGUGCCGCAGCUCAAGGAAGAACAUUUAUGAUAAUAAACGAUCAUCCUGCGGUCGUUACUAAAGUUGGUAUAACUAGAGAAUCAAGCGGUCGGCAACAUUCAUCUCUGGAGGGGGGGUCUGACUCGGUGUUACGGUGUGUUUUUGUUGGGUCUCAAACCUGCAACAAGUGACUCAAACACAAAGAAGAGAAAGACAGCGGUAUUAGAUUUCUUACUCGCGAGGAGAACGGACAGAGAUACGUUCAGUUACGAUCUCCAACCGCUCCGAAGCGUAUCUUGUCGUCUCCUCUCUUUUUAUUAUCCUCAGGGUGGUCCCUAGUUACAAAACGCUGCAUGCACUAAAGGGUGGGGAGACAGUCUUGCAGCUGCGCGGUACCUUACAUCACUCAGAAUCAUAAACAAGCAGACAAUCUGUGAGGGUGAGGUGACCUUGACAUUUCACAAUCUCCUUCUCAUGGUAGGAGCGGUUCCUCCUCCACGAUCGCUCCCACGUCUCACAGCGGAGGUUAGAAAACACAUACCUGCUAAUUGGAGAAACAAGAUCAGAGAAGUUAGAAAACACUCAGGAGUACUUUCUCAUCUGUGACAAGAGGUCAAAGAAGUUCAUAGUUGUAGGAAACUUUUUAAGACUAUUGGUAAUUUCGAUAUACAUUUAUACACAUUAUUCUGACAGUUUUACGCCAGAAUAUCCCUUUAAGUUUGUGUUUUUGGGGUCAUGAUGCUCCAAAUAUUUCCAAAGAGGGACAGGUCAGACCGCAUCAUCUUCUCAGUAUCUUCUCGCCGCUCUUGAAGCUCGAUGGUGAAGGUUCUCCGGUUUACCGAUGUUUCAGAGUUUGAAGGACGAUCGUGUUCACGUCCGUUUCCCUCCGUCCUCUCAGGUCGACCAGUGGUACGUCGGUCCUGUUCCUCCCAAAGAAGUGACAUUUUCCCGGCUGAAUGACAACGUGAAGGAGGCCUUUCUCUCCGACAUGUGCAACAAACACGGAAAUGUGGAGGAGGUGGAGAUAUUUUACAGCCCGAAGAAGAGGAAGCACCUGGGGUUGGCGAAGGUGGUGUUCGACACGGUGAGGGCGGCGAAAGAAGCCGUUCAGCACCUUCAUCAGACGUCAGUGAUGGGGAACAUCAUUCAUGUGGAGGUCGACCCCAAAGGUGACUCUGGUUUCCUGUUUAUUACAGCAGAAAUGAAGCGGUCGUGAUCGACUAUAACCUGAUCUUUCCUCAGGAGAAAACCGGGCCAGAUAUCUCCAACUCCUCCUCCACGGCCUCUACACCCCCUGGACGUUACCGGUGGGCAGCAGUGAGGCGGCUCUGCAGACCCUCAUCGACCGCUUUGUGGUAAAUUAUAAAUUAUUAAAUUAUUAAAAUUAAAACUGAUUUUAAACGAUCUAUGACAUUUUUUAUUUUCUAAAUUCAUGUUGAAGAUUGUCUGUUUUUAAGAGCGUGAUUUUUCUGACGUGCUGAAGUUACAUCUGUGUUUAUCAAUAAUAAUAUUUACACCUUUUUCCUUUAUUGUCCCUCUAAUAGAUCAGCACAGCCAAUCAGAGACCAGGAAGCUUCCUCAGCCCCUCCAGCAUCUCCACGCCGCUCUCUCUGGACACGUCCUUCUCAAGCGUGUGGCAGGAAACACCUUACAGUUUUGGCCUCACGCCACGAUCUCAGGGAACCCCCCGCACUCCCUGUUUCUCCGCCACUCCUCUCUCCCAGGACUCCUGCUACUCCAGUCUGCAAGCUACUCCAAUCCUCCAGGGGGAGCCCUCCACCUUCAGUGUUCACAACCCUCAACGACGAGAGCUCUGCCAUCGAAAACCCCCGUGGUUCCCCAGGGGGUCCGCUGAAGUCUCAGAUGUCAACUUCAUCUUGAAACAUUGGCAACCGCAGCUAACGAGGAAGCAGGAUGAGAGACGGUCACCUCAGGAGACUUCAGAGUCUCUGUUUGAGGUUAUUUCUCCUCAUGAGGAGUCCGGAGAAGUUCUCACAGCCUCAGAGUCCAGGUCUUUACAGUUGAACCGCGGCUCCUUGAGCAUCUUGAGUGUUAAUUUUACAGCCAAUCAGCAGACAGCAGAUAAAGAGCGUGCUUAUAUAACAGACUUCUCUCCACCUGCUGAGAACUUCUUCCCCAGCAGCCCCCAGCCUCAGUUAGAGAGUUUGGACUCUCGUAUUGAAAGUUUGCUCUUAAACAGCCGGAGACCCGACCCCUCAGUCUUAGACAGAGAGGCUCUGGGGGGUGACGGAGACUCUGAGGACAGCCCAGCGUCCCCCUGCCCCAUGAGUGCCUCCCCCGUGUCAGACGGCUCACUCGACUGCACUCCGACUCUUUACGGAUCCCGUGAAACCGUCCGUCAGCUCUCCUGCGGCGAUCUGGUGGAUGUCAGUCCAAAAUGGUUCGCUGAAGAUGAAGACGAUGAAACCGCAGAGGCUGUCGCAUUUCUCACAAGAACCUCCCGCUCUCCCAGUCCUUCUGGAUUUAUUCAUUUUGAGAGGAGAGCUGAGGAGAACGAAGAAAAGGUGCGGUCAGGGUCACGUCUCCUCCAGGUGAUCUCCUCCAGAUCUUUAAAUCCAUCAUUAUAUAGGAGUAACACUGACAUACUGUAGAUCCUCAAACAAAGAGAUCCAGGUCUUCAGUCAUGAGGAUCAUCAGGAUAAAAACAGACUCUCUGUUUCUGACUGAAGCUGAAAACCAGAUCCACGGUGAAGCUCGAGGAUCUGACCCUCUGAGCUCUGAAUCAGACCGUAUCUCUCUGGUUCAGUUUCAUGGAUCCCCUCCUCUCUCUGUAGUUCAGUAUGAAGAGUGAUGAUCUCUCAGACUGAUGAAAUCUGAAAAUAAAGGCCUGCUUCAUUUACAGGCCUGGUGCUUAAAGCAGUAAAAUCAGAUAAAAGUUGAGCCUCUAUUUGAGGAUUUACGGUAUUUAUUUUAAAAAGUAUGUUGUGUUGUUAGUAACGUCCGUUUUCUGUCUAAUUCAGGAGCGUCACGUAGAAAAUCAGGGUCUGUCUGAGGCGCUGACUCCCACUGUAAAGCGCCCUCCUCCUCCUCAGCCUCCGCCUCCUUCUCUCCAUGCUCCACCUCCUUCUCUCCAUGCCCCGCCUACCAUCACACCUGAAUCCACCCGUCCACCAGUCCCCCCUUUCCCUUUCCCCGUCCCCCCACGCCUCCCUAAUGGGACCAUCCCCAUCCCACCUCCCGGCUGGAUCCCUCCUCCUGGUCAUCACAUCUCCAUUCCUCCUCCUCCUCCUUCAGUGCCCCUCCCACCUACGUUUCUCGGACCCCCUCCACCUUUGAUUCCCCUUCCUGUGCCCCUCUUCCCCUUACCUGUGCAUCCUGCAGGUGUUCCUCCACGGCCAGGUGUCACGCCUUUACCCUUCCCCCUCCCUCCCUGGCCCGCGCCGCCCUUCCCCAGGUUUAACCCCUUUGUGCCGCCUCCAGGCUUCCCGCUCAUGAGGGACAACCCUCACAAGGUCACAGUGGAGAAGGUUCUGGAGGUCGUGGUGGAGGAGCUGAGGUCGGUCAUUAAGAAGGACAUCACACGCAGGAUGGUUGAAGGAGCAGCUUUCAGGCUGUUUGAGGAGUGGUGGAUCUGCCAAGAGAAGAAAAACAAAGUAAGUUUUUAACAACUUCUAUUUCAUCACGGUGACUGAUGAAGGUUUACCCGCCAACAGAGCGCUUUUAGAGCCGCGAGGUCGUUUAUUUCUGCAGGUUUCUCUGCUGAAAGACGGAGCGGCGAGCGGCGAGGAGAGGACCAAACUGUUAAAUCCACUGACUCACUUCAGGGACCAGAGGAAAAAACCGCCACUGCCGUCCUUCAAGGUAAAAGAUCUGCUCUCUACAACUUUAACAUGGAGAGAGAGAGAGAGAGAGAGAGAGAGAGAGAGAGAGAGAGAUACUGACGGUUACUCUGAACACACGUCUGAUAAUGAAGCAUUUAAAGAGCCUGUAAGUGAUUUUAUAACCCUCUUAAUAAACGUUCAUAAUGACUCAGAGAAAUGAUGAAGCGUGUCGUCAUGAUAUCAGAUUUUAACCUCACAAAUAUCACGACCAUAAUCCUCAGUGACAACAACACUAAUGUGACAUUUAUGGGAAACUUUGCUGGUUAAGCGGCGCUACAUAAUCUACGAGAUCGACUGGAGUCCGUUUGUCGUUCAUUGUGUUUCAAUAUUAUCAGACGGACAGGUGUGUCUGAUCUCAUCCCCUUUAAGAGUCCGGUUCACCUGCUGACAGGUGUGAUGUAACUUCCCCCUCAGAAAACAUCAGAGGUCACCGUCAGUGACGUCUCUGAAAUACUCCCUCUGAACUACAGGAAACCGUCAUAAACAACUCUUCUGAUUCUGGCGCAGCGACAGGUUCAUGUUUUCAUGUUUUCAUGUUUUCAUGAUGUUUCGUUCGACAGGUGAAAAGGAAAAACACCGAAGACGCCGUUUCAUCACAAAAGACAGGAAGUGAUCUCCUCCUGAGAAGUGCUGGUCAGUGACCCGAUAACCUCUCGGUGACUCUGAACGGGUCGAGUCUGUCCUUUAACCUUUAACCUUUGACCGUGUUCUUCUCUCUCCAUGUGGUUUUAGAUAUGAGACAGGACCAUGAUCCAUGCAGACCUGAAUCUGAGAGAGCCAAACGCAGACACGCCAGACCUCAUGAGCUCGAUAGUGAUGAAGAUGAUGAAGAAGAUGAUGGUGAGGUGGAAGAAAGGACGUGUCAGAACGUGGAAUUAACAUCAGACAGAGUGGAGGAUGACGUGUCAGCGGAGGACGAGUCCGGAGUCUCGGUAAAGACAACGAUAAUGUAGAAAAGGAAAUCUAACCGCUGUGUUGAAGUCAUGAGAUCUUUUCAU